GAUUGACUAUUGAGCAUUGUUACAACAUGUAGUUACCACUGCAUGGCAAGGUUACUAUAAUAGUAAAUCUUAUAAAAUGGGGAACUGAUAACAAUGAAAGGAAUCAACAUUCCUAAACCACAGUGGUUCUAUUUGAUUAAAUCAUUUACAACAACAGUAACACACAGUGGGGUCUGAGUGAAAGACUAGGAAACUUUUUUUUAGUGUGGAAGAAAACGAGAUCUGUAGUCCUGUCAUCAAGCCAGCAGCACAGCUACCGACCAAGCCAAAUUGGUUGCUACAUUUAUAGUGCACCCAUCAAGCAGGUGACUUCCUAUUGCACUUCUAUAUUUUGGAGGGGCUUGGGAGACCGAUGCUCGCAGUCCAGACGAUGCUCUGCGGUGGGAGGGGUAACAUGUUGAAUCAAGAAACACUCUCUUGGACACUAUUCUGAUUUGAGCUUGUGUAUUGGAGCAUUGCCAUACUUUGGAAAAGUUCUUAAGAUAUAAUAUGUGUUGGAUUUUUAUCUGAAGAAUUUGGAACCUCUUACAUUUGCAGCCCUUCCAAGAUUUAUCUUAAUUGCCAAUGGAUCAGAGGGAAGGAUUGCUUUGAACUGAACAAUGGCUACAGAUUCUUAUUUGACGAACCCACCUGCCUGGGACGAUGGGAGUCAUAUACAUGGCAUUAACAAUUAUGCAGAGCGUGCUUUUUUGGCUAUUCUCUACUGCAUCAUCGGUAUGGUGGGUAUCGUUGGAAAUCUCUUUGUGAUGGCCGCCGUUCUCUUAUCCAGGAAGCUCCAGACUGCUACAAACGUCUUCAUCAUCAGCCUGAGUGUGACAGAUUUAUUGGUCUCCAUUGUCCAGCCUUUCCAGGCCGUUGGGUUGCUUGGCCCGAAAGGCUGGCCACUGCAUCCUGUCAUCUGCGCCAUCGCGGGGUCAAUCGUGGUGACUGCAGUUAGCUGCAGUGUGUUGACCCUGGCCCUAAUUGCAAUCAACCGUUACAUCUUAAUCACAAGAUCUCGGAAGGAUUACAGACGGAUAUACACACCAUCCAAGAUGGCCCUGAUGGUCAUUCUCUCGUGGAUGUACCCUAUAGUAACAUUGGUCGUACCUCAAGCCGCAGGUCAUGGGAAACUAGGUUUUGAUAUCAACUCCAGACUAUGUGCAUGGGACUUCAUGCAUCCAAUAGCUUAUGUCUACCAGAUUCUAGCUGGUAUUCUUUCAAUGAUGUCUUUCAUGUUGAUUGUCAUGAGUUACACAUUCAUUUACAGACAUGUCAGGGAGCAUGUUCGGAACACCAUGGCAACAGCAAGCAAAGCAAAGCUAUCCCCAUCAAAGCCAUCACCAAACAAGUCUUCCGAAACAGAAAAGGUUCCACCUGCUAAAAAGGAACCAGGACAAAAGAAAGUGCACAAGCCAACAAGACUUGACAUCACAAUCACUAAGAACCUCUUGUAUGUCAUCUGCGGAUUCUUCAUGUGCGUCUUGCCGUACACCGUCCUCCUCUUUGCAACGACUUUCGUCAAAAGUCCAGGUCUAAUCUCACACGUGUCGUCCUACUUGGCUCUGGUUCUCGUCUUUGAUAGUUGUCUGAAUCCCAUCAUCUACGCCUUAAAACAUCCAAACUUCAAGAUUGUCUUUGGAUGCAUGGUGCGCUGUGAAUUUUCUCGCAUACCAGAACCGUCCAGAUUCCUACGGAGAUUUUUGAGUAGUUCUACAUUAACUGAUAGCGACAAUGAAGCAAGAUCAAGACAGUCAAAUACAGAGACAAGUGUGUCUGGCAUGCACACAUCAUCAUGUUGAAUGAACUUAUAAUCUGUUAAGAGAUAUUGACUUGACUUAUGAGUAAUAAGACCUUACAAUAUUUUUCUUCACAUCUGUCUCUUUAAUGCUCUGACAAUUUUCACCUUAAAAAUCAUUUGGAUCAAACAUAAUUUUUUCAUACAAUAAUUGGACUGAUUUGUGAAAACCUAUCUCUCAUGGAUAAUUCAAUUCACAAUCUCUAGUCUGAUAAACAGUUGGAAUUACUAAACAUUUCAAGAAAAGAAAUAUAAAUUAUAUACAGUGGAAAUAUGUUUACUUGCACUUCAUGUAAUUGUAUACCAAGUAAUGAUUAUUAAGUUUCUUUACUUAAUGUCCUGCAGUUAACAAUGUUGCAAAUAACUAUUAGUAUAAUCUACAUUUUUAUCACUGGAAUUCUUGAUCAUUUUUUGAAGAAAAGGGGUUCUUAUUAGGCAAACUUGUCAAGUACGGAUUAUCCAUAUACCAAACUACAUAUUAUUUUGUCAAGCAUAUUUACAUCUUAUAAUCUUGCAAUAAAAUGCAAGUCAUGAAACUGAGGUAUGAAUAUUAAUGCACCCAUGCGUGUCCAUGUUCUUCCUGUUUCAUACAAUGGGGUUGAGAGUUCUUUGUGGUGAGAGCAUUUCCCCUUCAACUUGACAGUUGCCCCCACUCCUUAAAGAAUGGAAAUAUUAAAAAAAGAAUGUGGUUUAGGACCAGAAUAGAAAAUGGAUGAUGUCACCCGUCUUGAAGCGAGACCUGCUGGAAAGGAAACCAAUGAAAUGAUGGCUGGUGAUGGAUGUCUCAAGGGGCUACUGAACACACUCUAAAUGGGUGUGUUCAUACAUAUAACUGAAAACUAAAUAAUGACAAAUAUCUUUCAUAUAUAAUCUUAACCACACCUUGGGAAAAAACAUGCUUUUGAUUUGUUUGUUUGUUUUUUUCAAAUUUUACUGGUCAAGGUAAUUUGACAUAAUCAUCUGGAGUAUAGUUUGAAUCAUUGGGUCAAUUGCUUUUCAAGUUCAAUUGUUGUGUUCAGACUUAGUUUAAGCACUAAUUAAAAUAAAAUUGAGAUGGGUUGUGACCACUCACUAAAUGCUACAAUUCAAAAUAAAAUAGCAAAUUGAAAAAGGAUCAAUUCCUAUGUUAGCAUAACAUAAAAUGUAAAACUUUCUCCAAAUAAUUUUCAUGAAUGACAAAUAUCUGAAUUGAUAUGAAUUUUGUAGCAUUUAAAAGAGUUACAAUAUUGCUAAAACUUUUGUAAGAAAUACUUUGUAGAAAUUGCUAUUGGGGACAAAUAGCAUUUGAGAAUCAAGCAAUAUACAUGAUUUGUCAUAAUUUGGGAACAAGGAAAACCCUCAUCCAGUCAUCCCCUUCUCCUUCCACAAAAAGAAAAAAAAAUCACUUAAAAAAUAAAGUCUGAAGUUGUGGUAAAACCUGCCUUGGUAUUAGAGUGUCUUAUAAUCAACACAUUGAUUGAUUUUCAGGGGGGGGGGUAGUCUGUCAAUGCUAUUGUGACUGAUUUUGCAACACACACAAAUUCCAAAAUCAAUAUUUCCUUACACACCCCUGGGAUAGUGUCAAAUAACAGAACAUACAUGUUUCCUGUUAUUACAGAAAUACUACAAUUACAGGAUUUUUUUUUAAUGCAUGUAUCCAGAUGUUUUAAAUAAGAAAUUAGGGUCAGAAUAUUGAUUCAAAUUAGAACUCAUGAUCAAACCAAUGCAUAGAGAUUCUGCAUGGAACUAAGAUUUUAAAAUCAAUUUUCAGUCACACUUAAAUCUUUGUGAACCACCCACCACACCUUUACACCAUAUUUUGCAAUAAUAUGAAGCUGAGAUUUUCCAACAGAUACAAAGACCUUUUUUCCUG